CCUGAACCAAUACGCGCCGCAAUGGCGUCUCAAGCCGUUAAGAACGCGAUCACCGAAGCCGCGUCGCAAUAUGUGAAGCCGGAGGGGAAGGUCUUCCAGUAUGGCACUGCGGGGUUCCGCAUGAAAGCCGACAUCCUCAAUACGGUGGUUUUUGCUGUCGGUUUGCUUGCUGGACUUCGUUCCAGGAAGCUUAGUGGACAAUGGAUUGGUGUCAUGAUUACCGCGAGUCACAACCCAGCAGAGGACAAUGGUGUGAAGCUGGUUGAUCCUAUGGGUGAAAUGCUGGAAGCCGAGUGGGAGCCUUAUGCGACCAGACUUGCCAAUGCUCCGUUGGAUAAGAUCGCCGAUGUCUAUGAUGAACUGAUCAAAGAGAUCGAUGUCAGCAUGGAAAACCCAGCUCGUGUGGUCUUCGCUCGUGACACUCGUGCUUCUGGGUCUCGCCUGGUCAGCGUUAUCAAUACUGCGCUUACGGCGACAGAGGUCGAGUUCCUUGACCAGAAAUUUAUGACCACCCCUCAGCUUCAUUACGUUGUGCGAUGCAAGAACACCCUGGGUACCCAGUACGAGUACGGCGAGCCGACCGAGCAAGGAUACUAUGAGAAGCUUGCUUCGGCCUUCAAGAGAGUGAUGAGGAGCGUAAAGACUAAGGGCCCUCUCACUGUUGACUGCGCCAAUGGUGUUGGUGGACCUAAGCUGAGGGAGUUGAUCAAGUACCUUCCCAGUGCGGAGGAGGGUGGCCUCGAAAUCAGAGUUGUCAACGAUGAUGUUAUCAACCCCGACAAGUUGAACUUUGAGUGCGGCGCCGAUUACGUCAAGACGAAGCAGCGUGCUCCCCCUUCGUCCAAAGCCUCCGUGCUUGAACGCUGUGCUUCGCUGGAUGGCGACGCUGACCGAAUCGUCUACUAUUUCAUGGAUGAGGGUAAUGUUUUCAGGCUGCUUGAUGGUGACCGCAUUGCCACCCUUGCUGCUUCCUUCAUUGGCGAUCUUGCUCGAAGCGCGGGUAUCGCUCAGAAGCUGAAGAUCGGUGUGGUGCAGACUGCCUAUGCCAACGGCGCCAGCACGGACUACAUCGAGAAAGUCCUGAAGCUUCCUUCUGUCUGCACCAACACCGGUGUGAAGCAUCUUCACCACGCCGCCCUGCGCUUCGAUGUUGGGGUCUACUUUGAAGCGAACGGCCACGGCACGAUCACGUUUUCUGAGAAUGCUCUGAAGGCGAUCAAGAACUCCGAGCCCCAAUCUCCGGGCCAGCAACGUGCUCUCGAGUCCCUCCAGGGCCUGACCGACCUCAUCAACCAGGCAGUCGGCGAUGCCCUCUCUGACAUGCUUUUGGUGGAAGCUAUCCUGGCCCACAAGUGCUGGAGCCCCAAGGAGUGGCUGGGCACCUACACUGAUCUCCCGUCCCGCCUUGUCCGCGUCGAGGUCGCCGACCGAUCGAUCUUCAAGGCCUACGACGCUGAGCGCAAGCUUGAGUCCCCUGCAGGCCUCCAGUCGAAGAUCGAUUCCCUCCAGUCCCGCUACAACAAGGGAAGGAGCUUCGCCCGUGCCAGUGGCACAGAGGAUGCAGUCCGUGUCUACGCUGAGGCGGCUAGCCGUUCUGAGUCGGACGACCUCGCCACUCGCGUUGCCAACGCUGUUCGCGAAGCUGGCUCUACCAAGGAGGCUUAAUAAUUUCAAAAUUUACCAGCCGGUUUUAUCAAUGUUUGAUGAAUUGCAGCAAGCGUCUUUGUGGAUCUCAGAAUAUUUAGCCAUGUCUGUUUCAUUGGAAGGGAGACGGGCUGCGGGACUCAUUGAUGAAUGAUGAUGGCCUGUUUGACCAAGAAUAUUCUGCUAUAGAGUUUGAUGAAAAUACUCAGGAAUGAAUCAUGAUUGACCAUUGCAUUACAC